AUGUCCGCCGCCACAGAUAAGGCUCGAUUCUUUCUCGAGCAGUCGGUGCCCGAGCUCAAGGAGUACGAGCGCAAGAAGCUUUUCACUAAGGAUGAAAUCACCUCGAUCAUCAAGAAGCGGUCCGACUUUGAGCACAAGCUCAAUGCGCGCGGAGCGGCUCCCGUCGAUUUUGUCCGAUAUGUCGAAUACGAGAUGAAUCUGGAGACCCUGCGAAAGAAGCGAGUAAAGAGACUGGGAAUUCGGUCAGCUGGACACAGCGGCCAACGGCGCAUUUACUUCAUUCUGGAUCGUGCCACUCGCAAGUUCCACGGUGAUCUCAACCUCUGGAUUCAGUAUAUUGAAUAUGCGCGGAAACAAAAAGCCAACAAGAAGCUUUCCAUCAUCUUCACGGACGCCCUUCGGUUCCACCCGACCAGCGCAGAGUUAUGGGUCUACGCCGCCAAGUACGUGCUCGAUGACCAUGCGGAUAUGUCGCAGGCGCGAAGCUAUAUGCAGCGCGGUCUCCGUUUCUGCAAGAGCUCAAGAAACCUCUGGCUUCAGUAUGCCAAGUUGGAAUUGAUCUACAUCGCCAAGCUGAUCGCUCGUCAACGGAUAUUGGGAUUGGACGAGGAGCGGCCGACGAAAGUCGAGGUGGCCGGGGAAGGGCUGGACGGUGACAUGAUUGCGCUUCCGGACAUUACCGACGAAGAUGUCAACCCAACACGGAAUGAUGGUGAAGUCGAUGAGCAAGCGUUGCAAAACCUGAACUCCACCCCGGCGCUGACCGGUGCGAUCCCCAUUGCCAUCUUUGAUGCUGCGAUGAAGAACUUCCACAACGAGGACCGAUUCGGCGCCGAAUUCUACGAGAUGGUUUUGGAAUUCCGGGAUGCGCCCUGCCUGCAGAAGAUCCUGGGGCACGUGGUGGACACCAUGCGGGCGCACAAACCUACCAGUCCCCGUACGCAGAUCUGUUACAUCAAAUUCCCCACUGCAGGCAUUCAUGUCACAUCUGCGGAGUUCCCUCGAGCCCUUGGUACCUCUCUGGCCCGUCUCCGCGAGUCAGCUCUAACCCAUGAUCUGGCCCAAGAGGUGGUGAGCUGGCUGCAACCCAUUGCGGACACGGAGGACCUGGACCCUUCGCUGAAGAAGGUCAUCCAGGCCACAUUGCGCACCGCGGAGCGUGCAUCCUCCAAGGAGUAA